AUGACAUUCACGUACAGUCCAAUCGUCGAUCCCGUGUUCCAAUCAACAUGCCGUGACCGGAACGAGGAGCAGUACAUUAUAGUACAGUGUAACGAUUACGGCGAUGUACCGAUCAACCUGCCGGGAUGGAAACCGGAACCCAUCUGCCUAACAAAACACUAUCCCCGAGUUGCGGAAUCGAUCAAACAGAUGCAAGUGCGACCAGACGACGUGUGGAUCGUGACGUAUCCGAAAAGUGGCACCACCUGGACCCAGGAACUGGUGUGGCUCGUGUGCCAUGGACUCGACUACCAGAAGGCCCAAGAAAUUUCGCUCGAAGAACGAUUCCCCUUCAUCGAACUCGGCGGAAUACGUGAGCUACCGGUCACCAUGAAUCCGCUGCGGGAUGCUUUUGAGAUGCCGUCGCCUCGCUUCAUCAAAUCCCAUCUACCACCAGCAUUCCUCCCGAACGCCCUGUGGACGGUACAACCAAAGUUGGUGCAUGUACGCCGCAACCCAAAGUCGGUGGCCGUCUCGUACUAUCAUCAUUCCGUGUCCCUAGACUGCUACCGCGGUACAUUGGAGAACUUUGUCCGAUCGAUGAUGAACGAGCUCUCCUACUACUCUCCCUACCAUCGCCAUCUGAUCGAAUACAGUGAGCUGCGCUAUCCGAACAUGUUGUCGCUGUGUUUCGAAGACAUGAAACGAGAUCUACCCGAAACCAUUCGGAAGGUUUGCCAGUUCUUCAACAAGACUGACUACUCCGAGGCACAACUUCUGCAGCUAGCCGAACAUCUGUCCUUUGAUAAGAUGCGCGAAAACGCGGCCGUAAACAAGCGCGAUUGGGUCGCGUACAAUCUGCGACAAACGAACCGCAGCGAUAAACUGAACGAUGGCAAUAUGCAGUUUAUACGCCGGGGCGAAGUCGAUGGUUGGCGGAACGAAAUGCCCAAGAGUUUGGUGGAAGAAUUUGAUGGGUGGGUCAAACGGAACAUACCAGACGACAAAUACUCUUAUCUUUUCGAGUGAGGUAAUGAGGCCAUUACUUGUGCUACGGGGAAGAAGGCUUUACGGGUUAUUCCAUGCAUUGUUAUAGUUAUCUUUUAUCUGACGAGUGUUUGUGUAACGCAAUGGUAAAUCGUUUACCAAAACCCACAACUAAUUAUACAGUAAUAAUUUCUUUCCAGCAAAGCCCAUGCCGACCAUCUACAACUCCUGCGGUCAUUACAA